AUGUUAGAACAGCUACUUUCAAAAACACAAGAGCUAACAAAUGCUGAGGAGGACGUGGAGAAAUGGGAACCCUUGGAUGCUGUUGGUGGAAAUUGGGCCCCGGGGCCGAAUCUCCGUGGCCGCUGCUUGAGCGCUGCCUGCACCAUUGGCCACCUCUGCGCCUCUUCCGAGCAUUUUGAGAAACUGCACGAGAUCUUCCGCGGUCUCCAUGAAGACCUCCGAGGGGCACCAGAGUGGCUCCCGGGGACUGGAGGGACAGAAGAGAAGAAGAAAUUGAUCAGAGAUUUCGAUGAAAAGCAACAGGAAGCCAAUGAGACGCUGGCAGAGAUGGAAGAGGAACUGCGAUAUGCACCCCUAUCUUUCCGUAACCCUAUGAUGUCUAAGCUUCGAACCUACUGGAAGGACCUUGACAAACUCCACCGAGAAGUGAGAAGCACCCCUCUGACAGCCACACCUGGGGGCCGAGGAGACAUGAAAUACAGCACAUACACUGUAGAGAAUGAGCACGUGAAUCAGCUACAGUCUCAACGGGUGUUGCUUUUGCAAGGCACUGAGAGCCUGAACCGGGCCACCCAGAGUAUUGAGCGUUCUCAUCGGAUUGCGACAGAGACUGACCAGAUUGGCUCAGAAAUCAUAGAAGAGCUGGGGGAGCAGUGUGAGCAGUUGGAACAUACCAAGAAUAGACUGGUAAACACAAGUGAAAACCUGAGCAAAAGCCGAAAGAUUCUCUGGUCAAUGUCCAGAAAAGUGACAACCAACAAGCUGCUACUUUCCAUCGUCAUCUUACUGGAGCUAACCAUCCUGGGAGGCUUGGUUUAUUACAAAUUCUUUCAGAAGCAUUGAACUUCCUGCAAGGAAGGGUUUGUGGACCAGAACUUUGAGCUUGUGAAUGAAGGGUGUUCAAGAUGUGGAAUAAGCAUAUUGCUGCUAUGAGUUAACGGUUCAAGGAUGCACUGUAUAGCCAGACUGUGGAAAGAGGGAGGAAAGACAGACAACCAGUUAAAUGUGAAGGAACUGUAGCGAGACCUGUGUGAUAUACCAAGGUAAUAAAUGCUGUUUAUGACUUCUUUAAAAAAAAAAA